CCAACGUCCUGCCAAAUCUCCUUCAUUACACCUAUUACGCUCAUUUAUUCAAACAAAAACAAAAAGUCGGUUUAGACUGUUGCUACUGUUUGGAGAGCUGGAGGCGAAACAAGAAACGGAACUUUGUUGGUUAAGUAGACAGUUCUGUAUACCUUCAUAAACUCGUUUAAAUACUUUUGACCGAGUUCUUUUGUCAGGUUCUUAUUAUAAACGCCUUUGUGGAUUCCCGGUCGACAAUCGUUUACUGUCCAACGUUGAGACUCCCGUUCUUGAAAGAUUGUUGAUACCUUUGUGAUUUUGCGCUCCCCUUUUGUCUUUCUUUUUCUGCAUAAUAUUAUAUUCUACACAGUCGUGACGUGCACUUGUUUACAAAGUUGAGGUGAUUAUAAUAUUUGUUGUUUUCAAAAAAGAUAACGUGCGUUUUCUUUAUAAAUAUCCUGCUUCAUUCUUUUCUUUGAUUUGUAUUGAUACUCUCGAAUUUUUGUAAUGUCUACUCGACGCCUUACACGUCAGCACAUUUUGGCUAAUGCCUUGAGCAAUAACGAUGAAAACAAUCCAUCAAAGCACCUUUUGCAGUCAUCCGAGAAUGCUAUAAUACCAGGAAAGAAACCCCUGUCCACCUCUACAGCUAAUAAAAAACGUCACGCUUUAGACGAUGUCUCAAACUUCCAUUCCAAGGAAACCAAUAUGCCACUCGCUUCGAAGAGUUCGAAUGUUCGACAUUCUAAUGCUGCUUACCCAAUCCAUCGUCCUCAGGAAAGAAAGGAUACUAUUAAAUCAGUUGAUGACGAACCGGUUUCCAAAAAGCGCCGUCAACCUUCUGCCCUAAGCUCUUUAUCCUCAUUUUCCGCUGCCCAUCCUGUCGAUAUCGUUUCGACUCAGCCUGUAGGGGAGUAUAACACAGACGCCUAUGUUAAAGAAAACGAAGCCCUUUCGAAGAAACUGAAGAAGGAUACUGAAGAUCGCGUUCCACUUCAAGAGAUUCUGCACCAAAAUUCUGCCCUUGAAAAGCCAGAGGUACGGGACUGGGAUGAUUUGGAUGCUGAAGACUGGGCUGAUCCCCUUAUGGUUUCUGAAUAUGUUGUUGAUAUUUUCCAAUAUCUUAAUCAACUGGAAAUCGAAACAAUGCCCUCACCCACAUAUAUGGAUCGUCAAAGAGAACUUGCUUGGAAAAUGCGCGGCAUUUUAACAGACUGGAUCAUUGAAGUGCAUUCGCGCUUCCGUUUGCUUCCUGAGACUUUGUUUUUGGCUGUAAACAUUAUCGAUAGGUUUUUGUCUUUACGUGUUUGUUCUCUAGGUAAACUGCAACUUGUGGGAAUUGCUGCUUUGUUUAUUGCGAGUAAAUAUGAAGAGGUGAUGUGUCCCUCCGUGCAAAAUUUUGUUUAUAUGGCUGAUGGUAGUUAUGACGAGGAAGACAUACUUCAAGCUGAAAGGUAUAUAUUACGCGUUUUGGAGUUUAAUCUUGCAUAUCCUAAUCCUAUGAACUUUUUACGACGUAUUUCUAAAGCUGAUUACUACGACAUUCAAACAAGAACGGUUGCUAAGUAUUUGGUCGAAAUAGCUCUUCUGGAUCAUAGACUGUUGCCUUAUCCUCCUUCUCAACAGUGUGCGGCAGCUAUGUAUUUGGCUCGAGAAAUGCUUGGACGCGGUGUAUGGAAUGGUAAUCUUGUACAUUAUUCUGGAUACGAGGAACCCGAGCUAAUUCCUGUUGUGAAGAAAAUGAUAAAUUAUCUGCAGAAGCCUGUCCGACACGAAGCUUUUUUUAAGAAGUAUGCAUCGAAGAAAUUCAUGAAGGCCAGUUUGUUCGUUCGCGAUUGGAUAAAAAAGAAUUCGAUGCCUUUGGAAGACGAUAUUGAUGAAGACUAUGCGUAUCAUCAACAGCAACGUAUACAUCAUGAUAUGAGGGACGAGAACUGGUAAAUACAUUCUUUUUCUGCUUUGAGAGCCCCUGACCGUAAUGUUGUCCGAGUUUAACUCAGGGAACUGGUUAAUUUAAAUAAUCCUUUUUAGCGUGCAUUUUUAUUAAGUUUUUUUGUUUUAAUCAUUAUUAUCUUGCAUUUGCACGACUAUCGCCCGUAAUGUUUCGUUUUGUUUAGUUCUACCUGCCUAUCAUUAAAGGACUCCCUAGUUACGACAGCAAAAGCGUAUUAUCUAGGCUAUAAUAAUUUAUUUCUUUUGCUUUCGGAGAUGUUAUGGUUUGAUAAUGCUUUAAAUAUAGUGGUUUCAUCGCUCUUACCGGCUUUCCUUUCUCAAAACACUUGAAUCCUUGUUUGAAGAUUUAAUGAUUUCUGGACGGCAUUAGGUACCUAUUUAGUUUCACAGCUUAUUUAAAUUAUAACGUUGAGCUAUAAGGAUGGAGUUUAUUUUCUUCCUCAGAACGACCAGAAGAGUAUGCUCUUAUCGUAUUGUUCAAGAUAAUAGUAAUAAUAAUGAUUAUUUUCUUUAAAUCGUGAACAAGAUAAUGUGAACUAGUGUCAUAAAAAUGCUAGAAUAAGUAGCCAAGGUGAUACU